AUGAAUAUUUCACCAUCGAUGGAUGAUUCAUCGCAAAUUGUUGAUGUCACAUUUACAGCAUCUCAAACAGAUAAUGAAACCUUCAUUGCAUCCGAUGAAAAUAUUAAUUAUAUGCUAUCACAAUUGCAGCGAUCAAUCUUGGAAAAUCUUGAACUACAUCAACAAGAGGUCCUUGACAGCACAUCAAAAUCACGCAUUGAUGCUGUGCUUAACGCUUUAUCGCAGCAGCAAAUUGACAAUUCUCUAACUCACUCGCUCAACUCUGCAUCGAAUUCUGGUUCAUCUUUUUCUUCAUGGUCUUUUACUGAGGGUUUGAUUAUUGGUCAAUUAAGUGUCAUUUUAGUCCUCAUAUUUUUCAUCAAAUUCUUCAUAUUCAGUGAAGUUUCACCUAAAAAUGAGGGCUCUAAUGCCAGUACAUCCGCCGGCGCUAGUGUUGGAUCAGUCUUUUCAUCGUCGGCUCUUCUUUCCUCUUCGACGUCUCAAUUCCUUUCCUCGAUCAUUAAAAGAGAGACCAAAGAUGGCGUUGAUAUGCUUGAUGAGAAGGAAAGUGACCGCUCUACUCAGAUAAAUUCUAUAUUAGAGAAAACUUACUACAAUGUGGACACUCAUUCACCAGAAUCACUUGACUGGUUUAACGUACUCAUAGCUCAAACCAUUCAGCAAUUUCGUGAAGAAGCGUUGCAAAAGGACAACAUUAUUAACUCAUUAAAUGAUCUAGUCGGUAGAAAAUCUGCAGAGUUACCUAACUACCUAGAUUCAAUCAAGAUAACGGAACUCAGCAUUGGUGAGGAUUUUCCGAUCCUUUCGAAUUGCCGUAUUCAAUAUUCCCCAAAUUCAAACCGGAAACGGCUUGAAGCUAAGAUUGACAUCGACUUAAGUGAUAGACUGACACUCGGGAUAGAAACUAAAUUGCUCAUUAAUUACCCAAAGCCAUUUACAGCAGCACUUCCCGUUCAGCUAACGGUUUCUGUUAUUCGAUUCCAAGCAUGUUUAACCGUUUCUCUAACCACAGACGAGGAAUUCGUCCCGACAUCAACCUCAGAAAUGUCAGAAAAUGCCGAUGAUGGAAGUGGUUAUUUCUUGAUGUUUUCUUUUGCCCCAGAAUACCGAAUGGAGUUUGACAUAAAGUCUUUGAUUGGCGCAAGAUCAAAAUUACAGAAUAUUCCCAAGGUGAGUAGUUUCAUUGAGUAUCAAAUAAAGAAAUGGUUCGUCGAACGAUGUGUUGAACCCCGAUUUCAAUUCAUAAGGCUUCCCAGCCUAUGGCCCAGAAGCAAGAAUACUCGAGAGGAGAAAACAGACGGAGAUGACGUUUCGAUGAAAUCUAAUGAAUUCUAA